AUGGCCUGGCAUAGGCUGAUGUUUGCUGUCGGUGCCAUCUCAGCCUUUGCCAUGAUUGUCCGCUUCAUAUAUCGAGGAUAUCAACAACGACGCUUCUAUCGAAAUUUGCCAGGCCCGCCUCACAGCUGGCUACUCGGCCAUCUCAAAGCAGUUGGCGACGUAGCUGGAAUACUGCCACCAAAUUGUCAUCCGCAAGCUUACUACACCGAGCUCGCACGGCGACACAACCUCGAUGGAAUUUUCUACCUCGACCUCUGGCCAAUUGGACCACCAAGCGUAAUCUUGACACGGCCUGAGUUGUGCGACCAGCCUGCGAUCAUCAAAUGCGCUGUUCGGCAUCCUGUCGCAGGCGACACACUAACGCCAGUGGUUGGCCACGGUGGUAUCGCAAACUCGAAUGGGCCUUUGUGGAAGAAGUCGCACACGACGUUACUGCCGGCAUUCUCUUGGGCAAAUAUCCGCUCCUUGGCAAGCUUGAUGGCUGAGGAGUGCAUGCCAUUUCGAAGCCUGCUGGAUAAACUAUCUGAGACCGGGGAGGUCUUCUCUCUGGAGGACGUAGCAGCGAAGCUUGUCUUCGAUAUCAUCUUUCGUAUCAUCUUCAACUUCCCCCUCAACGCUCAGACAGAUGGAAGCCAGGACCUUGAUGAUCUGCGAGAGUUGAUGGCGUUCGCGGAAAGCCAGAGCGACCCGGCUGUCAUCCUCAACCCGUUCGCCCGUUUGAAGAUUUGGUGGAGAAGGAAGAAAAUCUCCAAACAGCUUGACAUUUCAAUGACCAGGAAAAUCCGAGAACGCUUUGUGGCAUUGCCUCAAAACGAAAUCAUAUCGUCCCGACGAAGUGCACAGCCCAUCUUGGACUUGAUGCUGCGCGAGCACCUCCCGACUCCAUCAGAAGCAAGCAAAGAACGACCCAAUGCUCGGAAUCUGUCAGAGGUUGACGAGGCUGUGAUUCUAUCCAACAUCAAGAAUCUGCUUGUCGGGGGGCAUGGAACGACGACAGACACCAUUUUUUUCAACCUUCUCACAGAAGCUUCCCAGUUUUCCUUUAUGCUUCUUUCUGAGGCACCGGCGGUGGUCGAAACCAUGCUUCAGGAGCACAGAGAUAUCCUAGGGUCCGACUUUGACAGCAUCGUGAGCUCCAUUGCAAACAACCCAGAAAAGUUGCAGACGCUUCCAUACACCGAGGCUGUUAUCAAAGAGAUCUUGAGGCUGUUUCCUAUUGGAUUUACGGUUAGGCAGGCCGCCCCACAAGCAACGGUGAGCCAUAAUGGCGAGACUUUCCCCAUAGAUAACGGCUUGAUGGUUUGCAUGAACGGCCAUGAUCUACACUACAAUCCUCAAUUCUUCCCGAACCCCUCGAAUUUCUCACCUGAACGGUGGCUAGGUCCCAAUGAGAUUCCGAGAUCGCAGUUCAGAACCUUUGGGAGAGGUCUGAGGUCAUGUAUGGGAGAAAACCUUGCCAUGAAUGAGUUGAAGAUCAUCUUUUCGCUGAUCUUGGUGGACUUUUCUUUCAAGUGCCACGGGUUGGCGCCGAGUACGAAAACCACAACUUCGUACACGGAUUUGGACCAGACAUACGGAGAUAUUAUCUUUCAAGAGCUAGGACUAGAGGCAAAGCCUCGAGGUGGGAUGAUGAUGACUGUUGAAAGACGAUGA